GAUUUGCAGCAUGAUUUGCAGCCCAGCGAUAGCUUUAUAUCACGGAUGUAUUGUUUAUAAAGAUUUAAAUGAACAUCUUUUCGACGCUUAUUGACUGCUGCACCUCCGGCGGUGUGUGUGCGAACGCUCUUAUAAGCUCCAUUUUCACCUCAACGGCCACUUAAACCUUUCCGGAAGAAGUAUUAACACGGUGUUCCAGUCGGUCUUUAACUGUCGAAGGUUCCAGUGGAGUUCCAGUUACCGUUACCCAGUUUGAACAUGAAGACUCUUCAAGAAGAAAACUCCAGCUUUUUGUUAGACGCGUCCUUGCUGUAUAAAGAAACAUGUCCGGAGCUAUCCCGCUUCUUCCUACAGUGGCCUGUGAAGGCUAACGUACCACUGAAGCGGAAAUCCUCCAGUCUGCUGCAGAGCACCUUGGUUUGUCCAUACUGCUAUCAGUGGCUGCAGCCUGACAAUCACCGCAUGCGGUUGCGGCCCAAGCAGCGUCCAUCAGCACGGGUGCAGAGUGUCAUGCAUAGAAAGGCCCGGGGCAAACGACUCAGCCUGGUGCAGAUAAACCUGCUGCAACGCUUCCAGAGGUCCUCCUCCGUACUGAUGGCCACCUGCCACACUUGCAAUAAGACAUCCAGACACAAAGGAAUAAACAGGGACUUUAUAGCGAGCCUCGCUAAGACCCACAGCACACCAGGGAGCGCUUCUAAACACAAGACCCCACAGUCCACCCACAGAGCCCACCCUCCAACCCCCAAGACUCCGGCCAAAGACAAGACCCCUGCUCAUACACCUAGGUCCUCCACCUCCUCUAGCACUCCUGGGUCAGGCUCUUCUUCUUCCAAACCCGCCUCCAAACCAAAAAAUUGGGUCGUCCAGCGUCUCAGCAAGAUACUCAUGCGAGAGGACAACCAGGGCAGCAAGAAGAGUGGCUUGAAAGAUUUCCUCUCCUCUCUUUGAGUAUCUCCCUUGUCUUUAUGUAAACUCUU